GGUGAGUGUGGGUUAAGGGAACACACAGUAUUUCUGGAUGGCAACAAAGGUUCAAUUAUACGGAUAAAUCCAAAGAACCGAGUCAGUAAAGUGAGUCAUAAAGACAACAGCUGUUAAUUGAGAUAUACACCCACGGCGCGCUUAAUUGGACACGUCUCUCUCUCUCUCCCUCUCUCUCUCUCUCUCUCUCUCUCUCUGAGCGCACGAGCCAGUUGGUCUGAAGGAGCGCGCUCUGAACGCGGCACCCGCAACUUCACGCGCGCUGGUUUAAUAAGGAAAACGUCUGUUUUAUAACUCAUUUAUUUUUUUUCUUCCACUGGAGAUUAUCCUGUUCUUCCUAUUUCGCUUUACCCAAGAACAUGGGUGCAAUGCGAUCUGUGCCAGUGUGGAUUGUAUUGACCGUGAUGCAGAUCUCCUGCUUGUGUGAAUCUCUGGAGAAACAAGACAUGCAUGACCCAUACACAGGGGACAGUGGUUUAGGCCAAAAAAGCCACCUGCCUUUGAUAGACAUGUUGGCUCUGCAGGAUGUCAAGCAGAAUGUGGCUGCAGUGGAGAAGAUGUCUGGAGCACUGAAGACUCUUAGUGAUCUCUACAUCGUCUCUACCUUCCGCCUGCCACCCAAACUUGGUGGAGUGCUACUCGGCUUCUACAAUAAGCAGGACAAUAAAAAGUACCUGGAGCUUGCUAUCAUGGGCAAAAUCAACAAAGCUCUUGUGCGGUAUGUUCGCGAGGAUGGCAAGCUGCAAACUGUAAAUCUGCAAAGCUCUAACUUGGCAGAUGGGCGUGCUCAAUCCAUCAUCCUCCGCAUAGGUGGCCUGCAAAGAGAAAACCUCAGCCUUGAGCUUUAUGUCAACUGCCGCCUGGCUGACUCUGCCCAGCGCUUGCCUCAAUUGGUUGCCCUGCCUGCAGAGGCAGAGUUGGUGGAGAUAAGAAAUGGCUACAAGGCAUAUGCUCGGCUUCAGGGAUCAGUAGAGAGCCUUAAACUAGCUCUCGGGGGGACUGUAGCCAGUGCAGGUGUUCUCACUGACUGCCCUUUUCAGGGUGACUCUUCCUCAUACAACAUAGUAAAUGGGGAAGUGAACUCUAUUCUUGGUGAUCACACCAAAGCUCUGAUUGGACAACUCAUUAUCUUUAAUCAGAUCCUGGGUGAGCUUCGACAAGAUAUCAGAGAACAGGUGAAGGAGAUGUCUCUCAUUAGGAAUACCAUAAUGGAGUGCCAAGUGUGCGGGUUUCAUGAGCCUCGCUCCCGCUGCCAGCCGAACCCCUGUUUUAAGGGUGUGCCCUGCAUGGAGGCUUUUGCGUACCCAGGAUACCACUGUGGGCCCUGUCCUGAAGGAAUGACUGGCAACGGCACCCACUGUCAAGACCUUGACGAAUGUUCACUGGCUCAGCCCUGCUACUCUCCAAGUGCAUGUGUUAACACAGUGAAGGGCUUCAAAUGUGAGCCCUGCCCACCUGGAUAUUGGGGGAAACCUGUCUUAGGGGUUGGUGUAGAAUACGCCAAGAAUCACAAACAGGAAUGUCUAGACAUAGACGAAUGUGUGGAAGUUUCCAAUGCAUGCACAGCCAAUUCUGUCUGCAUAAACACCAUUGGGUCAUUUAAAUGUGGGCAAUGCAAAGCUGGCUAUGUGGGAAAUCAGACGGCAGGCUGUUUUCCUCGGAAAACCUGUGCUACACUUGACUUUAACCCAUGUCACUCCCGUGCUCACUGUAUCAUUGAGAGGAAUGGGGACGUGUCCUGUGCGUGUAAUGUUGGCUGGGCUGGUAACGGCAACACCUGUGGUGUAGACACAGAUAUGGACGGCUACCCUGACCGUGCCCUGCCCUGCAUGGACAAUAACAAGCACUGCAAACAGGAUAACUGUAUAUACACACCAAACUCAGGCCAGGAAGAUGCUGAUAAUGAUGGUAUAGGUGACCAGUGUGAUGAAGACGCUGAUGGUGAUGGCAUUAAGAAUGUGGAGGACAACUGCCGGCUGGUACCCAAUAAAGACCAACAGAACUCGGACACAGACUCCUUUGGUGAUGCAUGUGACAACUGUCCCAAUGUGCCCAACAUUGACCAGAAAGACACAGACAACAACGGAGAGGGCGAUGCUUGUGACCAUGAUAUUGAUGGAGACGGUGUUCAGAAUGUGCUGGAUAACUGUCCCAAAGUGCCGAACCCUAUGCAGACAGACCGGGAUCAUGAUGGAGUGGGAGAUGCCUGUGACAGCUGCCCUGAGAUGAACAACCCCACACAGACUGACGUAGACAAUGACCUAGUAGGAGAUGUGUGUGACACCAAUCAGGACUCUGAUGGAGAUGGACACCAAAAUAGUCGAGACAACUGCCCCGACAUCCCCAACAGCUCUCAGCUUGACUCGGAUAACGAUGGUAUUGGAGAUGACUGUGAUGAUGAUGAUGACAAUGAUGGAAUUCCUGACAACGAGACUGCGAGAGGUCUAGGUCCUGAUAACUGCCGACUUAUUCCCAAUCCCAACCAGAAAGACUCAGAUGGUAAUGGUGUUGGAGACGUGUGCGAGAAUGACUUUGAUAAUGAUGCAGUACUGGAUUUGAUUGACGUAUGUCCAGAGAGUUCUGAGGUCACGCUUACUGACUUCAGAGCCUAUCAGACUGUCAUACUGGACCCUGAGGGUGAUGCCCAAAUUGAUCCUAACUGGGUGGUUCUUAACCAGGGUAUGGAAAUUGUUCAGACGAUGAAUAGUGACCCUGGAUUAGCAGUCGGCUAUACAGCAUUUAACGGAGUGGACUUUGAAGGCACUUUCCAUGUGAAUACAGUGACUGAUGAUGACUAUGCUGGCUUCAUCUUUGGCUACCAGGACUCAUCCAGCUUCUAUGUAGUAAUGUGGAAACAGACAGAGCAGACAUACUGGCAAUCUGUGCCAUUUCGAGCCAUGGCUGAGCCUGGCCUACAGCUCAAGGCAGUUAAGUCCCGUACAGGGCCUGGCGAAUUUCUCCGAAAUGCUUUGUGGCACACUGGAGACACAGACGGUGAGGUGAAGUUAUUGUGGAAAGACCCACGCAACGUCGGCUGGAAAGACAAAACCUCCUAUCGCUGGCAGCUCACUCACCGGCCCCAGGUUGGCUACAUUAGAGUAAAACUCUACGAGGGAAUGGAUUUGGUGGCUGACUCUAAUGUAGUGGUUGACACGACUAUGAGAGGAGGUCGGCUUGGAGUAUUCUGCUUUUCUCAAGAGAAUAUCAUCUGGUCCAACCUACGCUACAGAUGCAAUGACACUGUACCAGAGGACUUUGACUCACAGAAUGAACAAGUACUAAUGCACAUUCAUGUGUGAGGAAUGGAAGACUCUGACCACCCUGUUCUGCACUGCCUCUUCAUACAGAAACACUCACAAAGUCUCUACAUUUGCUCUAGGUCUUCAAACCAGCCACUGAGCACGAGUCAGACUGUUGAGCUCUUGUGUGAAAGGGAACACAAGAUCAAAAAAAAGGAGAAAAUGACACCAGGCAUCUGAAGAGGCUAAAUCAAAGUAGAGAAAUCAACAACUGACUUUUUAUUGUAUGAAUGAGACUGUUGUAGUUAGGAGGUGCCUCAGGUCAAUGUAAAAAGCAAAAAGCUGUAUUCUUUCGUGUGUGUGUGUGUGUGUGUGUGCGCGUGUGUGUGUGUGCGCAUAAUGAUGUGUGAGAGAACAAGUGAAAGGGAAAAUGUGUACAGUUGACCAUGUGUUAAUGAUCACUGACUUGUACAUCUAGGACAGAUUUGCUUGGCAGCUUCUUGCUGUAAAUCUGUCAUCCCAUUAUUGUAAAUAUCAAAUUAAUCCAUGAAACUUUAAAGUAUAUAAGAAAGAGAUAAUGCCAAGAAGGAGCGCCAUCCUGUGUAAUAGCUGUCCCAAGUGUAAAAUGAAAAAAUGUGCAGGUGUAAUAGACCACCAUUAAAUAUACAUAUAAUUAAAACUAAAUAGCCUCAGAUAUGAAACUGUACCUUUUUUACUUUCUUUACAUUCAUUGUGACAAUUGCUCAGUGUGGAUUAUUGGCUAUGUUGACAUCCUUGUGAUUAAUAGUGAUACCACUAGUAUAUACCACUACCACUAUAGAUACCACAAGACUAAUACCACUACAAGACUAGCUGGCUGUUUAACACAAAAUAAGUAUUUAUAUAUUUGUUUGGUCUGGCCUAAUGUAGGGGUGUCAAAAUCUCUAAUUCACAGGUGUUUUCUGACUGAUGUUUUUUUUUUGUUUUUAUUAAACUUAUAUUUGUAAUGUA